UGCGAUGAGAACUCAGGCAACUGCAAGUUCUGCAAGUCUUCGGGAUGUAACACCGCCAAGGAACUAAGUGCAUAUGUGGACUGUCUGUUUUGUGAUGGCAGCGAUCAGGCAGAAUGCGUGAGGAGUGUUGGAGAUAUAUCCCGUACAUUAUCCUGCCACGGUAGCUGCUUCACCGGUCUAUAUCCCCGCAAUCAGUCAGACUCAAAUCCCGUUUACGAUCUGGCCUGCGGAUGUUUGGAUGAACUCGAGUACGACGAUCGCGAGGCCUGCGCAGCCGGAACUUUGGCAAACUGUGUUUCAUGUUCGGGCGCCAGUUGCAACACUGCUGAUGUGCCAGAGAAUCGACUCAGCUGCAACGUCUGUCAGGAUGCGGAGUGUGAAACGACUGUCAGCACAAAGUUUGUUUGGGUUAUCGUUCCGGAGAACAGUGCUACAUUCAAGUGGGCGAUCGCAGUGUCACGGCCAUGGGUUGUGCCACCGAUCUGGAGGAUUCAUACCUGUUGACCAACCGCAGGGAUGUGUAUCUUUGCUCUGGCAACGAUUGCAACACCAAGGAUAAACUGAACACGGUCGGCGUUUCCUGUAAUAUCUGCAAUUCCACCUAUGAUGACGGUUGUGUAAGCACUGGUGGGUCUUCGCCAGCUGUCUGCGAGCAUAACAUCAAUCCCGAGUGCUACAGCUACCUUAAUGAAGACGGCGUUUUGGAGCGUGGCUGUCUCAUGGACACCGAUGAUGACCUCUUCGAUGAAUGCUUGAGCUCUGGAAGCUCCAACUGCACCAUUUGCAGCACGAAUGGUUGCAACAACGAGAUCUAUCCCUCGGACUGGCUAGCCAGUCUGCGUUGCGAUUCCGCCAACGAUGCGGACUGUGCCCUGAGUCCCAAUAGCUAUUCGGGCCUAUUCGAAGGACGAUCCCUGUGUGACUUCCUUGACCAACGGUCGAACUCUUCGUGGCUGCCAAUCGGAACUGAGUUGCGAUGAAUCCCAGGCGGGAAGCUGCAGGAUUUGCUCUGGAGCCAACUGCAAUGGUGUGGAUCUGCAGUCGGGUUACGUGGGUGAGCCAGGAAAGUGGACGGAUCUUCCAUUGAGCUGUUAUGUUUGUGAAGACGCCGCCAGUUGUGCCUCUGUCACGGAAGCCACCAAGUGUAAGGGUAACAACAAGCAGACCUGCUCCACGGUCUUCAAUUCUGCGGGUCAGGUGGUGGCCAGAGGAUGCACCACCGAAACUGAUGAGCAGACUUGUCUGAAUGAUGCCAACUGCCUGUUGUGCUCACCUGGUGAUA